CAGUGUAAAUCCUUCACCUGCAACCGAACUGGCUGUAAUCCCGCCCCCGCCGUGUUCUCAUUGGACCGUGCAGUCUUAUUUCCAUAUUACGGCUGACGCCAUACGGCUUCUCUCAUGUCAAUCAGAGUGCGCUACAAUAGACGACUCCCACCAUGUUCACUGGGAGCGACCGAGAAAUGCUGAAGAUGUCCUGAAGAAUUAAUGGUGCUGAGACCCGCUGUGACUGUAGACCUCUCUCUGGAAUGAGUGUACCUGGGGACGGUGGUGAGAUCACAGCUAUCGCUCCUCCACCUUGGACAGGCUUCAUCCCAAUCUCUUCCUAAACAACCUCCCGUCCCGACAAACAUGACCGACAAGAGGGAGCCACCAUUUUUCAAUGAUGAUAACCUAGGGGUUGUCGACUACAAACUGCCCUUCUAUGAGACCAUGGAGCUGUUCAUUGAGACUCUGACCGGGACCUGCUUCCAGCUGCGGGUCUCCCCGUUUGAGACAAUUAUCUCUGUAAAAUCAAAGAUUCAGAGACUGGAAGGGAUCCCUGUUGCUCAACAGCAUUUGAUCUGGAACAGCUUGGAACUUGAUGAUGAGUACUGUUUGAAUGACUACAGCAUUGCAGAAGGUUGCACUCUCAAGCUGGUCCUUGCCAUGAGGGGUGGGCCUAUCAACACCAAACGAGUGACCAUUGAGAACUCUGUGAAGGAUACCUCUGACUGCUUGGAUUCAAAGAGGGAUGAGGUGUGGGAAAAGUCUCUGUCGAAUAAACAGGUCACUUUCCUGGUGUACAAAGAGGGUGACCAGCUCAACGUCUUCCGGGUUGUGGACCGUGCAGAUGGAUCUCUGACACCGGUUUCUAAGUCACUAAGCGGUGGUUCCAUGCACAAUGUGUACGCUGAGGAAGAGGAGGAGGGCGUUAGCAUUUCCUCUGCACAGCUGGCACUGGAGAACUCCGUCACUAUGAACAAGAUGAAGCUACUCAAAGCCAAGAUGGAGAAUAUGAACCUCAAUAAAAAGCCCAAGAAAUCUACCAAGUUGAGAGCGAGGCCUCCGGUUGGUCCACGUCCUUUCUGUGGCUCGCUUGGCUCUGCUCGCCACCACCGAAUGCUCCGUAUCCUUCCUCAGAUUGGCCACGCUCCUGCAACACAGCUACCUCCGAUUGGUGAUCAGCAACAGUCUUCCUCUGAAGCUGGCCCACCUUUCACCUGUCAUCCAUGUCCUAUCUCUGGUAGAACCAUUUCCUCGUUGACAACCUCUAGCAUAUUUCAGGAGGAGGAGGAGCCAUGGUAUAAUCCCACCCCCAGGAGUAUCAGGCUACCUCCUAAAGUGUCCAGGUUGGAGCUGGGUGGGGCGAAAGCUAUAACAGACUGUUUGUACCCACCGCUGUCUGUCUUGUCUGGUCUGGAAGCUGAUGAUGAGGCAGAGAUACAGAGUGAUGGACUAAUGCUACCAGAAGAUGGAGUUAUGAUGGAGCCUUCCAAACCCAUUCCGUUUAAUAGCCUGCUUCCAGAGCCGCUGAGUCUGGAUGUUUCUGCUCAGCCGGAGGCCAGUCUGGACUCUUUACGAGCUGUGAACGAGCCCAUGACUACAACUCCACUGCUGUCCCAGGUUGUGGGCUCAGACUCCAUUAGCACAUGGUCAGUAGGCACUAACACACUACAAUCCCAAUCUGACAGAGCUGCACUGAACUUGCUACACCCUCCUCCACGUGUGCCUCGACCUUUCACAGAUUUUACCAGGGAAGUGUCUCGCCCCAUCCUCAGCUCUAACAGAGGGCCUCCCAUUCCACCAUGCCCGAGUCCGCAGACCCCUCCUCUCCAUGCUACCAGAGUGGACUCGCCCAUCAAACCGCAAGACAGGGUAUGCAAGAAUGAGGCACAAGAUGUCACCAGUAUGGCCAACAACACUUCCAGAGAGCUGUCAGGCUCUGAGAUUAACAUCGAUGAAAAGCGAGCAAGGCCUUGUGAUCUGUCCAGAUUGUGUGGUACAAAUGCCCCCUUGCAAGCCAAUGUCCAUCUGCUACAGAAAAUGGUUCCCCUGCAGAGAGCAACAUGCACGCCAUCAGCCGUCCUGGACUCAUCGAGUGGACCCUCCUGUUCAAUAAAGAGACUACGCUCUCCGACAUAUCGCCUCCCUCCUGUGAAAACCCCCCUGAGCUCAAAGAAGAAGUCGUCAAAACAUUGCUUCCUCUGUGGGAAGAAGACUGGGCUAGCCACUAGCUAUGAAUGCAGGUGUGGCAACAACUUCUGCUCCACGCACCGCUAUGCAGAGACCCACAACUGCACUUACGACUACAAAAGUACAGGACGCCGUUUCCUACAGAAGUCUAAUCCCAUCAUCAGUGCACCAAAGCUGCCCAAAAUAUGACGGCACUAUAUAAGAGGGAAGAUGAUAUGCAAAGGAACGCAUGAGUAAAAUAACAAGAACUAAACCAGCAGUGUGCUUUUAUCGCCAUGUUUGCUUAAUGGCAAGGGUGGUGUUUUUUUUUUUUUUGUAUUUUUUUUUUAAGAUAUUACUUUGCAAAAAAAUUUUUUUUUGUCUUCACACAAAAGAAAUAAAUUAAACUAGCGUGGAAAAGUUGUGAUCACUACAAAUUGUUAUAUGUAUAGAAAUACAGUAUAUUUCUGUUUUCUUAAUGUAAAUGGCUUCAUGAGACAAGUCUUUGCAAGAUGCACUUUAGUAAUAAUGACGUCAUAUAUAUAUUUUCCUUUCUUUCUUUAAAUUGGUCCGUUUUAGGCCUACAGCACUCCACUGAAGACAUCACACCAGGUACUGCACAUGCAUAAUAAAAAAGACGUGUCUUAUGGGUUUCACUUUGCAUGGGAGUAUGCGAGUUAGACUUUGAGAGCUGUAAAACACUACUAUGCAGUAGGGCCACGUAGCAUAUUAAUAAUUCUGCGAAGGGCUUGGAAGGCUGACAUGAACACACAGCUGAGUUGCCACCGUGAAGGUUUCUUUUUGUACCUUGAUGAUUUUUUUUUUUUUUUAAAUUACACACCACCAUGAACAGCUGUUAAAAUGUUCAGUAUUUAUUUGGGAAUUAAACUAAUAAACCUGAAAUAUAAAUAAAAUGUCAUUUAAUGGAAACAA